CUGUUAUUUUAGAAGUUACGGGGGGGGGGGGGGGGACACACACAUUUUACCACUUUGGAAGUGUCUCUCGCGCAAACUAUUCAUUUUAGAAAAAAAUGAUAUUAGAAACCUCAAUAUCAUUUUUGAAGACCUAUCCAUAGAUACCCCACACGUAUCCUGGGUUUGAUGAAAAAAUAUUUUUUGAGUUUCAGUUCUAAGUAUGGGGAUGGGGAACCACCAAAAUUUAUUGUUUUUUUUUUCUAUUUUUAUGUGAACAUCUUAAUGCGGUUCAUAGAAUACAUCCACUUACUAAGUUUGAACAGCAUAGCUCUUAUAGUUUCGGAAAAAAGUGGCUGUGACAGAAUUGGACAGACAGACGGACAUGACGAAUCUAUAAGGGUUCCGUUUUUUGCCAUUUGGCUACGGAACCCUAAAAAGUGGCAACCCAGACGGAAAGCAAGAGGGAAACGUCCUGAUGUCUCCAGACAACCGGCAUUUCUGCCGUAUGUAAAAGAGGUAACGGAUAAAGUUGGAACAGUACUUGGAAAGUACUCUAUAAAGACUGUUUACACCCCUUUAUCCAAAGUCGCAGGGAGCCUAAGGUCGCCAAAGGACGUUAUUCCUUUUCAGUCAUCUGGCGUUUAUGAAAUUGAUUGCAUUUGUGGUAGUUCCUACAUCGGGGAAACAAAGCGCACCAUAGCAGAAAGAGUUAAGGAACAUAUCAUAGCUGUCAAAAAUCGUCAGGUGAACAAGUCUGCUGUGGCUGAGCAUUUACUUGAGUCAGGACCAAACCACUUGAUCGAGCUGCAUAACCCUAAAAUCCUUUCCAUGGAUCGCCAUUUCUACAGCAGAAAAGAGCGGGAAGCCAUUGAAAUCAAAAACAUUGCAAUUUCAAACGGGACGAGGGUUUUGGGAUCUCAUCCACAUGGAAUCCAGUCAUUAGUUUAUGUAAGCGAGAACGAAUAUCGACAGUCGAAAAAUCGAAUAUCGUUAGUGUUGUGUGUCGACAAAGCAACAUCCCUACUGCGCAGAAUAUUCAAGUCAAUAAACAAGAUCAAGUGCGGGUAGUUCGAAAAGCUCGCGCAGCUAGAAGAUGUUGAUGUCAACUUUAGCCAGUCUUCUCCGAGACCACGGGCACAACGCCGUCCUCGAAACGUCGGAGGUAAAUUUAAAACUUAAUACGCGAUUAAGUCCCGUUUGUGUUAGUUAAUAAUGUGUAAAAAUCGUGAAAGUUUAAAUCAGUAUAAUUAAUACUUUUUACAUUCCUCUUAAUCUAUCUAUCUAGCUUCUAAUGAUUAUCAUAGUUUUUGCUUGAAUGUUGUUUUUUGUAAUAGGGUUGUUUCCAGUUUUUUGAAACGCUUGUAUUAUGUUCUAUAUUAACUAAAAGUAGCCCUAAAAUUCAACUUUUAUACUAAAAACGGCUUUAAGUAUGUUAAAUUAACAAAAUAUAUUUUGACAUAUGCUUUCGCGCCCAAAACGCUCUUUGAAAAUUGUGUGACGUCACAGUUUAUGGUUUGACACAACUACAUACACAUGUAGAAGAUACGAACUGUCAACUGACAUUUGUCAUUUGUUGUUUAUCGCCUAACUGUCAACAGUGUCAAUCCGAGAGUUGUGACGUCAUCAGAAUCUUCAAUGACGUUUCGAGUUUGAUCACGUGACGUGUGCCAAAAGAUAUUUUAAUUUCAAUAUUUACAAAAAUAUGGUCAUUACAUGUCCCCUAAGAGUAGUUUAACAUGUUCUUAUAAUCCAAAAGAAUUUAUUGGGAUACAAUUGUGCCCUAAGAUUUGUAGAUGGAAUAUGUACCCUAUCAACCAAUUGAAACAACUUUUUAGCUGGAUGAUAUUAAUUUAUUUAACUAUUCCUUUCAAACAUUAUCAAUGCGCCUCACAUCUCGAAUAAACAAUUAAUAAUAAUAAAAUAAACCUUUAUCCUACGUACCUAUGUGCGGCACGGCAGUUGAGUAAAACAAUCCAUACAAAGCCGCAUCAGUGUAACCUCGGCUUUAAUAUUUAACUGUCAAAUCAAGAAAUGUCAAAACUUUAACAAUAAGAAACUGCAAUUUGCAAUAUCAAUAUUUGCAAUUUGCGUUGUUCGACAGAGUUGUACAAAUUAAAAACUUGAUACCGAUCCGAAAAUAAAAGCAAAUAGUAAACAACGAGUAAUGAUAGUUCUAUUAUAUAAAGUAUUAUCUACAAAAUGUUUAAGUUUUAUUACUGUAAUCAGUCAAAAGUUAACGGAAGACGAUGAUCAAUCUCAUUACUUCAUUUUUUAAGAUAAGAUGAUCAACUAGGGCAAUAGGUAUAUACUGUCCUGGCAAAAACAUCCUAGCAUUGGCUUAGCGGAGAGUUUGUGGCAGUAAAAUGCAUGGAUCUUGCAGAGUUGUUACAUUUUGUCUCCUGACUACAGUUUUGCCUACAAUCCUUAUAAUCAUACCACUUUAUUUAAGAAAUAUGAGAUAUGCUGAUGUUAUGUACAAGAUAUCAGAUUCGGAUGUCAUCCAGAUUCACAAAGGACAGUCAUCAGUGUUUUGUAAAACACAUUCUUUGAAAAUGAACACCACAUUUAAUGCAUUCCAAAUGACUGGCAAACCUGCCCUGUCCUUAGAAAACAAGAAACACAUAAGACUUAAGAAAUCCUUGACUCUUCCUGAUGAUACACUGGAGUACUGGGGGUUUUACCUCUUUAAAGGAGCUUCUGUUGAACUUGAAGCAUGUUCCAGGUAUGAGGGAUCUAAAAUAUUAGUUGUGAAAGGUGAUAAUAUACUGAAUACAUGUGGUAUUUUAGAAGGGAAUAAAUACAAGAAAGAUGCUCCUCAUGUUGAUAACCAGGAGCAUGUGAUAGUCACCUUAGCAAAUCCUGGUGAAAAGAAGAAUCACUCAAAAGAUACUGUGUCAAUAAAAAAUAACUUGGAACAAAGCAACCUGGGGGAAGAAAACGAAGCAAUAAAGAAUAUAAAUAAGACUGAUAGUGUUCAAGGUAAUCUGGAAAACAAUAACAUGACAAUGUUAAAUAGUUUACGAUUUAAAAGAAAUACAAAGCCAGUUCAUCAGCCAAAAACUGUCCUUGAUGCUGGAAUUCAUCACGGUGGAAAUGCAUUUAACAGCACAGAUGGACAACAAGAUAAGUCUGUUUCUAGCUUUGAAAUGAGUUUACAUGAGUGUUAUGAUAAUAACAUUAUUAUCAACCGUGAACUGCCAUAUCAAGCUGUUUGUAACAGUACAAAAUACUUUGGGAAAGCCACUACUUUAAAAGUUACCCAUGACAUAUUAUUAGAUGGAUAUUACUAUUAUAUAUUCUACAGUGACAAUGACUUUGUCAAAAAUAAUAUUCAUGUGAUUUUUGAUAUUUAUAAACCUACUUUUCUGUAUACUAACAUGUCAGAAUCAAAGGUAUGUAUUAAUAAAACAGAGUGUAUAUUUGACAUAGGAUUUUUUAGUGAUGAACUAGUAAUUGUGGAAGUACCUACAAAGGAUGGAUUAUCUUAUGAUGAUGAUUCAUCUAUUUUGACUUCAGUUUGUCACCCAAGAAUGUCUGUAUAUAUUUUUUUCCCAGUGACUGUCCUUAUGUUGAUUAUUUUAUUUGCAUUUUUAUGAUACAUAUUUUUAGUUUUAAUAUACUAUCUCAUAGUGAAAACGAACAUUUCCAAAAAUGUGAUAUUACUUUAUUAGAUGUUAACUAUACUUAUAUUAAGUUUACUUGUGAUGUGAUACUUGCACUCAUAGUAAUUUUAUCUGUGAUUUCAUGAUGUACACUGGUUUGAUGUCGUCUAUGUAGGUAGUAAAAUAUCUCAUAAUUUAUCAUUCUAUCAAACUAAAUAAUACCAAGCUAAUUGUAACUUGAAUGACUAAGGACUAUGAGUGUGUAGUUACUGGCUGCAAUAAAUGAUCUAUGUAUUGUAUAUGUAAAUUAUACUUGUUAUUUAAAAAUAUUACUUGUUGCGUCAAUAA